AUUUACGUGAUCCGCCAUUUUUGUUAGGAAAAAAGAGAAGAAAAAGAUGGAAUAACAACCCAUUUUCUACAGCCGGUAAAACCAUUGCAUACUUUAUCAAUGCUGGAGAAAAAAAUAAUAAUAAUGAUUAUACCAAAAAUUAGACAGUGUUGCCAAAAUACUUGAAAUAAAGUUUACAAUAGUGUAGAUGAGUGUGAUGAAUGUGAAUGUGUCGAUGUGUGAAAUAGCAAUUAAAAUUAUAUUUAUAUAAGUUAAACAUAGUUAUUAUUAUGAUAAAUCAUAAAGUAUAUUAAUAGUAACUAUGUAAUUAUAAAUAUAUUUAAUUACUUUGUAUAAAAUUAUUUAUUGGGAUGGCGAAAACAAAAACUAUUAGUAAAGGGUGUCCAAAAUGUGAACAACAGGUUCCAGUAGCGUGUAAGGCUUGUCCCUGUGGUUAUUCAUUUUUUAAUGCUCGUCGUAAUUCAAUUAAAAGUCCACCAAGUCCAGACAGCAAUAGUACCAUAAAAACAAGAAGAACGAAUAGGAUAAAACGACGAAUAAAUUAUUAUGAUGCUUUAGAAUAUGAUAAACAAACUCGGAAAACUGCCAAGAUUCGAAGAGCAGCGGAAUUGAGUUCAGAUAACGACUGUUCUCAAUUGAAUAAAAAGAAAAAAAGAAAAGUAGGUAAAACUAAAGGUAAUAAGACAGGAGGAAAUGGUAGUACAGGGGAUGAUGAUGACGAAACGGAAGGUGUAAAUACUUUGUCGCCAGAAAAGCAACUUACGUGUUCUUUAAUUUUACAAGAACUUAAUAGUAAAAUGAAUAAUGUUGCAUGGAAGCCAAUGUGAUGAUUGUGUUGUAUUAAAUGCCUUUUUCUAAUUAAAAAA